GAUGGGAGAGGUGGUCGACAUGCUUGUUUCGAAGAUGGUAUAUCGUGUACGCGAGAGGAGGACACUCGAUAAGCACGGAACACAGUUGGCGGAAAUGACUUUUGGUGAACUGUCAGUUAUUUGCCUUGGGGUGCGAACAGAGAUACUACCGCCCUGACACUGGCACUUCCGGAUCUCCACGGGCAACGCAGCUACAUGGGAAUGAAAAGAUGCCACAUGCUCUCGAGGGGAACAGACAGAAAUACGGGGCGCAUCUCUAGGGUCGCUGUCUAUUGUUAUACGAAAACGUGCAUAGUUUACUGCAGGGUUUCUUGUUUUAGGGGGGGCGCAGUCCAAGCCUUGCACCCAGAUAUGAUGAUAUGCGGGCCGUUU